AUGCACAUCAGUUCACAUCACGGCCGAAAGAGGUCGAGUACUUCGAGCAGCUCUUCGUCGUCCAGUAGUUCCAGCAGCUCGAGCAACAGCAGCAGCAGCAGCAGUAGCGACAGCGAUCAGGGCUCCCCUGGCCACAGACCUCUGCUCUCCCAUGACUUCCAGGAAGAAGUAGCACAGCGCGUCGUCCAAGAGGUUGGAAACCACUUGAUCCACCGACUCGAAAGCUCGGGAGGCUCGAAUCAUGCUGCUGCUAAUGCAUCGCCAUCAUCACCUCGGCCCAACGGAAAUGACCUGGGUACGACCGAGGGUGACGGUGCUGGACCAGGCCCUGGACCUGGCCCCGAGGAUCACAAGUCCUCGCACGCGUAUCAAGUCCUAGAUCGAUUGAAGAAGCAGCACAGUUCCGUGGCGGCGUAUAUUGCCAGUCACAAGAGGAUCGUGGAGGUUAUACCCGGCGGAGGGCAGCAAGAGGACGGCAGCGACAACCACGAGCACCCUGAUAACCAUACGGAGACGUCACCGUUACUCAGACACCACCGACACUCGGCAGAUGCAUCGCCACCGGAAGAUCAGGAUGCUGAGCAAGAGCACGAGAAUUGUGGAGGAUGGUGGACGUGGUGUUGUGGUUGUUGCCUUGGUCGGCGGAAAACCUAA